GGGCCAGUAACUACAAUUCGGCAUCCUGGAAGUCCUGUGAAGCAUAUUCCAUGGAAAGCAUUCACAAUUGGGCCUGUGGAUUGGGAACUCAUUAACACUACUUGGAACAUCAUCUCCGAUGCCAACAACAUUCAGCAGUAUUUCUCCUCAGAACUACAACCUACCCUCUGGCGAGCAAUCUCAGCCAUCGAAGAACUGCAGACUGCAUGGGAAGCCAAGUGUGAUGAUCCAAAGUAUGCUCUCUUCAAGUCAGUGAUUGAGCUCAGACUGGACAAGGUCAACAAGUACUAUAGAAGGUUCGAUGAUAAACCAGUUUACAUCCUGGCCCUUGUCCUGCAUCCAUAUUAUAAACUCGACUACAUCAAGAUGGCCUGGGGAGGUCCCAAGGAGCAAGAACUCGAAUGCACUGCUGGUAACCUGAAUGCUGUAGACUGGCAUGAUGAAGUGCUGAAGAUCGUUGAGAAGACCAUGCAAGAUUAUUUGAAACAUAUGCCCACAGGUGCCACCACUCGCUCCUUGUCUCCCAUCAAUCCACUUGCAUCUACUGAAACACUAGAGUCCGAGUUUGAUCGUCAUCGAUGCACACUAGUCAACGAAGCUGCCCGUCAACAACAUUCUGGAUGGGCUGCUGAGUUGCAGCAGUAUCUACACGAUGUCCCUGAUGAUGUCUCAAUGGACACUGAUAUCAUUCAGUGGUGGUCGGUAGGUCGUUCCUUCGUUUCAAUUAGAAUCUUGUUGUUAAUAUAG